AUGAUUGAGCAGCAAUCUCAAUAUGUGCAUUGUGAAAUUAUGAUUGUUGGUCACCUUGAACCAAUUUUUAUUUCUUUUGUUUAUGGGUGUAAUACGGGAGUGGAAAGACGUGAUCUUUGGAGAAAUAUUGGUAAAUUUAGUGCUUUUGUCCAAAGGAAAGCUUGGGUUGUAAUGGGAGAUUUCAACUCUAUGCUUUUUCCACAUGAUGGUUUGGGCGGCUCCUCUAGACGAAACUCUGAUAUGGAGGAGUUUCAUCUUUGUCUGGAAGAGGCUGAAUUGUUUGAUAUCUCGUAUCAGGGAUGCCAAUUUACCUGGAUACAGAAACCUUCAGGGGGUAAUGGUAUUAUGCGUAAACUUGAUCGUAUCUUAGGGAAUUCUGCUUUUAUUGCUCAAUUUGGGGACGCCUCGGUUUUCUUUGAACCAAGGGGGAUCUCAAAUCAUUCUCCGGGUAUUCUUUCUUUUAAAGUUGGUAGACGUAUUCGUCAGUGUGGUUUUAAAUUUGAUAAUUUUAAUACUUCUCAUGUGGAUUUCCUUAAGUCUGUGGAGGGGGUGUGGAUAAAACCUCUGAGAGGUUCAUAUAUGAAAAUAGUGAUUCGGAAAUUGCAAGAAAUGAAAGGGGUUUGUCGUCGGCUCAAAAAUUCUUAUGGGUGUUUGGAUAAUAGGGUGGCUCAGUUAAAGACGGAGCUUGAUGUUGCUCAAUUGGCUUGUGAUCUAGACCCGUUUAAUGAUUUGCUGAAAGAGGAUAUUGCUCACCUCUUAUUCGCAUAUCAAAAGGCUAGAAAUGAUCAAGAGGAUAUGGUUCGUCAAAAAGCUAAGAUCUCUUGGCUUAAUGAAGGUGAUGGAAACUCAAAUUUCUUCUUCCAUGUUAUGAAAGAGAAGCGUAAUAGGAGCCAUAUUGCUACUAUUAGGGAUUCGUUUGGUACUGUUUUUGAGCAUCAGGAUGUUCCAAAAGCUUUUAUUAAUCACUUUGAAGGAAUUCUGGGUACUUCUAAUAUGUUGGUUCCUCCUUCCAUGGUGGAUUGCUCAUUUGCUCAUUCUCUUUCGUUAUCGGAAUCUCUGCACUUAAUUAGGCCGAUUUCGGAUAUGGAAAUAAAGGAUGCUCUGUUUGAUAUUGGGAAUGAUAAGGCGCCACGACCUGAUGGGUUUUCGUCAAAAUUCUUUAAAGCGGCUUGGAGCGUGGUGGGUAAGGUCCUUACGUUCUCAUUGGGAUUCAUAAUUUUAUCUAUUCUGGAACUUUGGAAUAUCAGCUGA